AUGAGAUCACUACUAACUCUUGUCUUUGGGGUGCUGACCACCUUAAGUCUCACCCAGUGCCAGCUGACCAUCCCCUCUAAAGAGCUAGGCUAUGUUUACGGCACUGGCCAACCAGAUGCCCUGGUAAAGAUUGCGGCCUACAUCGAUUUCACGUGCCCGUACUCCAAGGCAGCUUACACGACCCUUCUGCAAGUCGCCAACGAUUUUCCAUCAAGCGAAGUCCAAUUCAAAGUGCACGCCUUUUCAGUUCCCUACCAUAGGCACAGCCACACCAUUUCUAAGGCUGCCAAUGUCUUGAAUGAUUUCAAAUCCCCGAAGUCUGCAACUGUGUUCGACUGGAUUACUGCAGCAUACGACAAUAUCGCCUCUCUGACCACGACAGCAACUAAAGACCAAUCAGACACUGAGAUCGUCAAUUUUCUGGCAAGUUUGGCACAAAAUGUUUCUGGUAUCUCUACUGCAGACUUUAUAUCCGGGGUGUAUGAUACCAACGUAGACUCGCUAACCAGACUAGGGUGGAAGUACGGCGUCACCCGAGGAGUCUACGGGGUGCCUUCAAUCACCGUCAACGAUGUCUUCACAGACGCUGACUCCAGUUGGACAGUAUCCCAGUGGAAAAACCUCAUCGACGGCCUCUUGAGCAAGCAAUGA